CCGAUCUCAUUAUACCGAAAAUUCAUUUUGUCACUGAGUAUCUGAGAACAAUUAAUGCAAAUGGACCAGCAACUCGUUUUUGGUGUAUGCGGUCUGAAGGUAAACACUUGUAUUUCAAAAGAUUGGCUAUUAGAUCGCUGAAUUUCAAAAAUCCAGCAUUUACUCUUGCCAAAAGACAUCAACUUCGACAAUGUCUAAUGUUAUCUAAUAAGAAUUAUUAUAAUAUAUGUACUGAGAUAACAUUGUUAAAAACCAUCCAGUAUUGUUCAUUACCAAUACCUGUUCAGCAUUAAUUAACAGAAAAUGAUAUGAAUCAAAACAUACUUGUUGAAUGUAAAACAAUUUAUUACAAAAAUGUUAUGAUGAUGAGACAAUCAGUAUUUGUUGAAAGAUUAGUUGAUGUAGAAGAAGAACCAUGUUUUGUUUCUAUCCUGUAUUUCUUGAAAAUACAAAAUAUUUGGAAAGCAGUUGUUGAACAUUUACAAGUGAUAGGAUUCAGUGAAACACUUUGGGCGUACGAGAUCGAAUUUUGUAAAACAUUCGAUCUAUUAGACUUGGAUCAACUUCUACACAUUUUGCCUCAUGGACUAGAUAUUUAUUAUGUUCAAGGUUCUGCUUAUGUUAAUGUUUUGUCUCGUUUGACUGUUUGAUGUUAUUUAAUGGAUAUUUCCUUUUCUUUCCAUUUCAUAUGUAUUUCACGUUUUUCUUUUGUUUACAACCAACCAGAGCUUUCAUCAUAUCUUAUCCACAUGCCUUUUCAUAUAGUUUUACUGAUACAUUUCUUCAAUUUUUAUUUAGAAGAGGAAAUUGAUGGAGCUACAUUAGCAAGAUUGCCAUACGAUGAAGUACGUACAUUAUUUCCAAACUUAAAAGAUCGAAUAUUAUUCACUGAAAAACGUGACUUAUUAAUCAAACAAUGUAAUAACAUUGUAAAUGAACAAUUAGAUGAUGGAGAUAUUCUGAAUCAAUCUAGCAAGCAAACAUUUGAUACAUGCACGGCAUCACAAUCAACAACUUCAACACAAAAUUUACUAAAUAAUCCAUCAUUAUCUAGUAACAAUAUGAAUGGAGACGAAUUUGAUGCAGCAUCAAAUAUCGACGAUGAGGUUAAUCAUGAUGAAACUGAUGAUUUAGAAGAACCUCAACAGAAUUUGCCAACUGAUUUUGCAUUUUCAUCACUACCAGAAGAAAUACAAGUGAUUAUUGAUGAGAAUGAGUUAAUGAAACUCUGUGGACAUACAAAUCAUAGACGAAUAUUGCUCAACUUUGUGUUUAAAGCUGUUGCUACCACAUAUAAUUUAUUAUAUCCUAAAGCAAAUGAUUAUUUUUUAAUUACACAAGCUUUGCUCAAAGCAUUAAAUAUUUCAACAACAGAUGCAAAUGCAGCUAAUGAAUGGCGAGAAGCAGUAAAACAGAAGUUCAAAAAUGAACGUCGACUUUUACAAAACCCAUCUGCAGUAGUCCAGAAAAAAAAAGAAAAAUUUGGAAAAGAUUCUGGACGCUUUGCAAAAAAAAGUGAAGCACUAUCUGCUGAACGAAAAUCUGAUAAAAUGAUUUAUGUUAGUACUAUUAUGGAUGAAAGUGAUGUUGAACAAUUAAUCAUAACAAUGAACGAAGGUAUUGAAAAUGAAACAAUACAUAACGACGAAUUAAUUACAUUAUGGAAGAAAACGUUUGGUUAUCGUCGGUCAUUCAUUCGUUCACACACAAUUAAUGAAAUACUAGAGAAAUUUCCUGGUUAUUCAUAUACACAUUUCAUGUUUGAAGAAGUCAAAAUGAUCGAAAACAUUGAUAUUGAACAGAAUGUAAAUGAAAUAUUACCACGUUUAUUCGAUAAAUUACCGAAUAAUUCAUUAUUUGUUAUGGGUGAGUAA